AUGGUUUCAGUUUCAGAGCUCGCCUGCACCUACUCAGCCCUCAUCUUGCAUGAUGAUGAGGUGACAGUCACGGAGGAUAAGGUCAACGUUCUCAUUAAAGCAGCGGCGGGUAUAAAUGUGGAACCUUUCUGGCCUGGCUUGUUUGCAAAGGCCUUGGCCACUGUCAACCCUGGAAGUCUCAUCUGCCAUGUAGUGGCUGGUGGACCUGCCCCAGCAGCAGGUGCUGCUCCAGCAGGUGGUCCUGCCCCUUCCACUGCUACUGUUCCAGCUGAGGAGGAAAAAGUAGAGGCAAAGAAAGAAGAAUCUGAGGCAUAUGAUGAUGACAGAGGUUUCGACCUUUUUGACUAA